AUCUUCUGUGUGGGGGUUACUUGGAAGGGGUGCAAGCUUGUGCAUGUGUGUGUGUGCRYGUGUGUGUGUGUAUGAGAGAGUGUUGGAAAAGCUAAAGUGUGUCAUUGACCUUAACCUACAGAGGACUGAUUACUUGUGCAGGAUGGAUCGGCUGCUGGUGGUCACUUCAGUGGUGGUGGCACUUUGUUUCCUAGAGWGCGUGGAUUCUUCUGCUUAUGACAAGAUAGUUUCUCACAGCCGCAUACGGGCCAGGAAAGAAGGCUGUAGGAACUGGUACAAAAAAACCAUCUGUGGCAAGAAAGCUAUUGUCCUGUACGAAUGCUGUCCUGGGUACAUGAAGCUGGACGACAUGAAAGGAUGUCCUGCAGUGGCUCCCAUUGACCAUGUUUAUGGUACGUUGGGGCUUCUAAAGGCUACAACCACACAGCGAUAUGCAGACAUGUCGAAGCUGAGAGAGGAAAUUGAAGGCAAAGGCUCCUUCACCAUGUUUGCACCAAGUAAUGAUGCCUGGGAUGCGCUGGACUUUACUGUACGGGCUAAUCUGGAGGGCAACGUGAAUGUUGAGAUGUACAACUCGCUUCACUACCACAUGGUGAACCACCGACUGCUGACCACUGACAUGAAGAAUGACAUGACCUUCACUUCAAUGUACAAUGACCUUGGGCUUUACAUCAACCACUAUCCAAAUGGGGUUGUGACAGUGAACUGUGCCAGGAUCAUCAAUGCUAACMAUGUGGCCAAAAAUGGUGUGGUGCAUGUCAUCGAUCGAGUCAUCAGCUCCGUGGGCAACACCAUCAAGGACUACCUGGAAAAUGAUGAAGAACUCUCUACUUUUACUGAUUCAGCAUUCGCUUCUGGUGUGAUGGAUAGACUGGGGGAGCCUGGUCAUUAUACUUUGUUUGUUCCAACUAAUAGAGCGUUUGACAAACUGAGCCCAGGCUACAUGGAGAGUAUCACUGAGAACGUGCCUGUUAUUACAGCCUUGGUAAACAACCACUUGCUGAACAGUAUCCAGUGCGCAGAAGCGAUCAUGUCAGGAACGCUGUAUGAGACCCUAGAGGGCAGCAACAUAGAGAUCGGCUGUGAUGGUGAUAGUCUGACAGUCAAUGGUGUCAAAAUGGUGCUGAAGAAGGACAUUGUGACUUCCAAUGGUGUCAUUCACCUCAUAGACGAGGUGCUUCUUCCCAACGCAGCCAAAGACGUCAAGGAACUGAUGGGAGAUUCUCAGAGCAUGUUCAGCGACUUCAUUGGUGAAAUGGGUUUACUUUCUACUCUGAGUUCGGAGACACAGUACACCCUGCUGGCUCCUCUGAAUGCUGCCUUCACACGAGAGGUGAUGUCAGACGAGGCUCUGCUGAGACUCACUUUGGAAAACCACAUCUUAAAGCUGAAAGUCACUUUGAGUGAGCUUUACAACGGCCAGCUGCUGGAAACGAUCUCUGGCAAAAUGCUCAGAGUCUUCAUCUAUCGCAACGCUUUGUGCAUAGAAAAUGCAUGUAUGGUGCGUGGCAGUAAAGUAGGAAGCAAUGGAGCCCUCCAUCUUAUGGGCUCCCUGAUCCAGCCGGCUGAGAAAACCAUCUAUGAGCUCCUGACUGCUGAUGGGCGCUUCAAGAUUUUUUUGUCACUGAUGGAAGCAGCAGGCCUGGAGAAUUUACUAAAACAAGAAGGCUCCUACACCAUCUUUGCGCCAACUGAUGAUGCCUUUGAUGGUCUUAGUGAGGAGGACUUAGAUUUGCUUAAACAUGACGAGAACGCGUUGAAAAAUAUUCUUCUCUACCACUUCAGCAAUGGCAUCUUCAUCAAUGGGGGAUUAGAGCGAGGAGUUACCAAUCUGCUUGAAUCUUUGCAAGGCAAAAACCUGCAAGUUAAAUCUGUAAACAACUCAAUCUAUGUCAACUCAGUGGCUGUGGCAGACAAUGACCUGAUGGCUACAAAUGGUGUGAUCCAUGUGGUGGAAAAUGUGCUUUAUCCUGCUGAUCUACCUGUAGGCAGUCAAGACCUCCUGAAGCUGCUGGAGAAAAUGAUUAAAACCAUCAAGUUUAAGUUUACUUCUGGAUACAAAUAUGUUGARAUCCCGCUCACCUUCAUCAAGACAACCAUCACAACCACUCAUUAUGUUGAAGGUGGGGACACUGAAAGUAAAACAGURACCAGAGUCAUUGAAGGACAGCCAUCUGUCAUCAAGAUGACCCGGGUUAUUGAGGGACAACCGAUCAAGACCAAGGUCACCAGAGUUAUUGAGGGCCAACCAGCCAAGACCAAGGUUACCAGGGUUAUUGAAGGGCAGCCGGCCAAGACCAAGGUUACCAGGGUUAUUGAAGGACAGCCUGCCAAGACCAUGCUUACAGAGGUUAAUGAGGCGCAGCCGUCCAUUGCCAAGGUAACAAGAGUCAUUGAAGCAGAACCAUCGAUGUCAAAGGUGGUUGUUGAGGGUGAGUCUCCAGUGACCAAAGUGACAAGGGUCAUUGAAGCAAAGCCUUCCUCGACUAAAGUAACCAGGGUCAUCAGCCGAAAACCCACUGUCAGCAAGGUUACAAGAGUUAUAAGCAGUGCAGCCGCAGAUGGUGCAGAGAAAAAGAGGAUAGAAACAGGUGGAGCCACACACACCACAGGGAAAGAACCCCAGAUCAUUUCAGGCCCAGAUCUCUCAAAGUUCACCAACUUCCGUGAUAACCCAACUCUGGUCAAUGAAGAAUCAGAGAGAAUUACCAAACUCAUUCAAGCAGGAAGAGGUGGGUUUUCGGCUGCCAGGAGAGGUCCAAUUCAAGUGAGGAGAAAAGUAAGGCUGGUUAGGCGUCAACAGAAGCCAAAGGAGUGAAGGCAAAAGGGAAAAGACUUGGAGCUCCCCAUUGAGACUGACUGCGUCUCCAGUGCUCCUGGUUGAGUGCUGGUGAAUAAAAAGGCUUUGGAGAAGUAGAGACUUAUYCAAACAAUCUAGUUAUUUUAUGUCUUAAAAUCCUCUAAGCCACAAUGUGUGAAAUGCAUGGUGUUUUAUAGCUUUUGUAAUUACAAUAAAAGACCUUUCAUGUAAUUAAUGUGUGGGGAAGGCAACUACAAAACUUUGUAACGGAAUCAAUUGGGACCAAAGUGUAAGACAUCAUUAUCAAAUUAGGUUUUUACAAUGUGUCAUUCUGCAAACAAAUUUCCUAACAGACUUUUGUGUGAUUUGUUCGGUGCUUGCAUUCUGUGCAAUUGAUGCAUUUGAAAAAUAAUGACAAAGGAUGUUUUGCUAACAUUAUACUGUUCUAAAUGUCUCUAAAUUAUCAAAAAUCAAAUUUUCUUGUUGUUGUUUUUGAAAUCGUUUUAACUCUAUACAUUUUGUUUGCUGUUCAAUGUCUGCUUGWCUCAUGUACUGUAUAUAUCUAACAAGAAUUAUCAAUACUGUUUAAAGAGGUGCUAAAUAAAUGUGUAAAUACAAUCCA